CAGCAGCUUUACAACUUUUACGACUUUUAUAACCUUUAUCUCCGUUAUAAUUAAUAUCCGAAAUAAUUAUAUCCGCACCCACCCGGCAUAUCCUAUCGCGACUCAAAUAGGACUCGAUUAAAUAGGAAGUCAAUUGUGAAUAUAAAAGUUGUCUAUCAUCAGGAGGACAACUUUGCGAUUCUGUUGGUGGAAUUCCGCCGUGGUCUAAUAUAUGUCCUUCGUGGGCAACCCCUUUAACAACAACUACGACCGCACGGCUCAAGCGUCAGGGGUACCCGCAAUGUCAAGUGAUCACCACGGCGAAGUUGAGGAGAGGGGGCCGCCGUCGUCCCCGCCUCGCAACUAUAUGGAAAAGGAGGGCACAGCUGACUCUAGCAUCGCGACUCAGGUUGAAGAUGAUUCCGAGUUGGAGCGACGGGAGUCUAUAGUACAUGAGCUUGCUCGCAGAUAUACCACGCAAUCAAACGCAACUGGAGCAGCUGGACACAACCCCUACCUGGAUGAUUCUAAGGAUUCACCUACGAAUCCCCACUCCCCUAAUUUCAAUGCCCGCGCGUGGGCCAAGGCCAUCGUUCGGAUGGCCGAUCACUCGGGUAUACAGUUCCGGACAUCGGGUAUCGCUUUUCAGAACCUCAAUGUACACGGUUUCGGAGCCGCGACGGAUUACCAGAAAGACGUCGCCAAUAUCUGGUUAGAAGGUGUCGAACUCGUUCGCAAGGUUCUUGGUGUAGGCCAGACCAAGAUCGACAUUUUGCGCAACUUCGAUGGUGUCGUUCAUAAGGGGGAGAUGCUUGUAGUACUUGGCCCCCCCGGCUCGGGUUGUUCGACGUUCCUGAAGACGAUCGCCGGUGAGACCAACGGUAUUUACGUGGGAGAGGGUUCGUACUUCAACUACCAAGGAUUGACUGCGGAGGAGAUGCAUAAGAACCAUCGUGGUGAGGCUAUCUACACGGCAGAAGUCGACGUUCACUUCCCCAUGUUAACUGUCGGUGAUACCUUGACGUUCGCGGCUUCGGCUCGUGCUCCGCGUCACUUGCCGGCUGGUGUUGACAAGAACACCUACGUCCAGCAUUUGAGGGACGUUACCAUGGCCAUGUUCGGUAUUUCUCAUACCGUCAAUACUCGCGUUGGUAACGAGUACGUCCGUGGUGUAUCCGGAGGUGAGCGUAAGCGUGUCACCAUCUCCGAGGCUGCUCUCAGCCGAGCGCCGUUGCAAUGCUGGGAUAACAGUACUCGAGGUUUGGACAGCGCCAACGCCGUGGAAUUUUGCAAGACUCUCCGGACCGAGACCGAACUAUUCGGAACUACUGCUUGCGUCUCGAUCUACCAGGCUCCCCAGUCGGCUUACGAUUACUUCGACAAGGCUCUUGUCCUAUACGAGGGUCGACAGAUCUUCUUCGGUCGGGCGGACGAGGCUAAGCAGUACUUUGUCAACCUCGGUUUCGAAUGUCCUGCUCGCCAGACGACUCCCGACUUCUUGACGUCUAUGACUAGUCCCGGCGAGCGUGUCGUGCGACCCGGAUUCGAGGGCAGAGUUCCGCGAACGCCGGACGAAUUUGCGAAGGCCUGGAAGGAGAGCGCCAACUACGAAGCUUUGCAGGCCGAGAUCGAGCAGUAUAAGCAAGAACACCCCUUGAACGGUCCUGAUGCGGAAGCCUUCCGUGCUUCGAAGAGGGCGCAGCAAGCUGCCGGUCAACGACCCAAGUCUCCUUACACCAUGUCAUUCUAUCAGCAAAUCAUGCUAUGUCUGUGGCGUGGUUGGCAACGUCUCAUCGGCGACCCUAGUUUGACUAUUGGAUCGCUCAUCGGCAACUUCGUCAUGGCUCUGAUCAUCGGUAGCGUGUUCUACAAUAUGCAACCGAAUACUUCUAGUUUCUACCAACGUGGUGCGCUCCUAUUCUUCGCCUGUCUUAUGAACGCCUUCUCUAGUGCUUUAGAAAUUCUCACUCUUUAUGCGCAACGUCCCAUCGUCGAGAAGCACAGUCGUUAUGCUCUAUACCGUCCUUCGGCAGAGGCCGUCGCCUCUAUGCUUGUCGAUAUGCCGUACAAGAUUGCCAAUUCGAUCGUCUUCAAUCUGGUUUUGUACUUCAUCACCAACUUGAGACGUGAACCGGGUGCAUUCUUCUUCUACCUGCUGUUCGUGUUCUUUACGGUUAUGACAAUGAGUAUGAUCUUCCGUACGAUCGGUUCGGCUUCGCGUACUCUGUCGCAAGCCAUGGUGCCGGCUGCUCUGUUGAUUCUUGAUCUCGUCAUCUUCACCGGUUUCGUCAUCCCUAUCGACUAUAUGCUUGGAUGGUGCCGCUGGCUCAAUUACCUGGAUCCCUUGGCAUACGCAUUCGAGUCUCUCAUCGUAAAUGAAUUCCAUAACCGCGAAUUCGAAUGCGACCAAUAUGUGCCGAGCCCCCAAGUCCCAGGCUACGGCGACUUUGACAACGUGAACCGCGCUUGCAGUACCCCUGGUAGUGAAGCCGGAAGAGCAACUGUUAACGGUGACGCGUACAUAGGCUCGGCGUUCCGAUACAGCAAUGCGCAUCGCUGGCGUAACUUCGGUAUCUUGAUCGGUUUCAUGCUCUUCUUCUUGGCUACCUACAUGAUUGCUGCCGAAUUCGUAUCAGAGAAGAAGUCCAAGGGUGAGGUCCUGGUUUUCCGACGUGGUCACAAGCCCGCCCAAUUCAAGGAGAAGAAGCAUGACAUCGAGGAUGGCGAAGGCCCUCGCGUCGGUCCUAUUGCGACAAAUGCUAGUCGUCCUCACGGCUCUGGCGAGAAGGGAGGUGCCCUGAUGGAGCAGUCUAGCGUUUUCCACUGGAAGAACGUAUGCUACGAUAUCAAGAUCAAGGGAGAACCUCGACGAAUCCUGGAUCAUGUCGACGGCUGGGUCAAACCUGGUACUCUAACCGCGCUUAUGGGUGUCUCAGGUGCGGGAAAAACAACUCUCCUGGACACUCUGGCUGAUCGUAUUACUAUGGGUGUUAUAACUGGUGAUAUGCUGGUUGAUGGCCAUCCUCGCGAUCAUUCGUUCCAACGAAAAACGGGUUACGUUCAACAGCAAGAUCUCCACUUGUCCACUACUACCGUUCGCGAGGCUCUCAACUUCUCCGCUCUCCUUCGUCAGCCUGCUGACGUCCCGCGCGCCGAGAAGCUCGCGUACGUCGACGAAGUGAUCAAGCUUUUGGAUAUGGAAGAGUACGCGGACGCGGUCGUCGGUGUUCUAGGCGAGGGUCUCAACGUCGAACAGCGCAAACGUCUCACAAUCGGUGUCGAACUCGCUGCUAAGCCUCCUCUACUCCUUUUCGUUGACGAACCUACCUCCGGUCUUGACUCCCAAACCUCUUGGGCUAUUUUGGAUCUUCUUGAGAAGCUCACCAAGAGCGGACAAGCUAUUCUCUGCACCAUUCAUCAGCCUUCGGCCAUGUUGUUCCAGCGCUUCGAUCGUCUGCUCUUCCUUGCCAAGGGUGGAAAAACUGUUUACUUUGGCGACAUCGGAGAGAACUCCAAGACCCUGACGAACUACUUCGAACGUAACGGUGCCCCGGCUUGUCCUGAAGAUGCUAACCCUGCAGAGUGGAUGCUUGACGCCAUUGGUGCGGCCCCCGGCAGUUCGACUGAUAUUGACUGGUUCCAGACGUGGCGUAACAGCCCCGAAUACAAAGAGGUGCAGGCUGAGCUUCAACGACUCGAGGACAACGCGCGACAUGAGCCGACCCCUGAGGAAGACCCGCAGUCCUACCGCGAGCACGCCGCUGACUUCGGUACUCAGUUCUGGGAGGUCACGUCCCGCGUGUUCCAGCAAUACUGGCGAACUCCGUCUUACAUCUACUCCAAGGCAUGCCUCUGUAUUCUCGUUUCGCUCUUCAUCGGCUUCGUCUUCUUCAGAGCACCCAACACGAUCCAGGGUCUCCAAAACCAAAUGUUCGCUAUCUUCCAGAUCUUCACCAUCUUCGGCCAGCUUGUUCAACAAACGAUGCCUCAUUUCGUCGUCCAAAGAUCUCUUUACGAGGUGCGCGAGCGUCCGUCUAAAGUUUACGGAUGGAAGGUCUUCAUGCUUUCGCAGAUCGUGGUCGAGCUUCCGUGGAAUACUCUAAUGGCUGUCUUUAUGUUCUUCUGCUGGUAUUACCCCGUCGGACUUCACCACAAUGCUGCAGCUGCCGGUCAGACCACCGAGCGCGGUGCUCUAAUGUUCUUACUCCUGUGGGCCUUCCUUCUGUUCACUUCGACAUUUACCGACAUGAUCAUCGCUGGUUUCGAGACGGCUGAGGGUGGCAGCAACAUUGCCAACUUGAUGUUUAUGCUCUGCUUGAUCUUCUGUGGUGCUUUGGCCAGUCCCGAUACCUUCCCUCGCUUUUGGAUUUUCAUGUACCGUGUCAGUCCGUUUACGUAUCUGAUAUCGGCUAUGUUAUCGACGGCGGUGGCGAAUACCAAUGUCAAUUGCGCGGAGAACGAAUUUGUACACUUCGAUCCACCUAGUGGUCAAACCUGUCUUGAAUACUUGCAGCCUUACGCCAAUGCGACUUUCGGUUAUAUCCAAGAGGGUACCGAAAAUCGCACGUCAGACUGCAGCUACUGCACCGUCUCGAAUACCAACGCGUACUUGGCAGGUUCUAAAGUGUACUAUGGACCGAUGGCGCAACUUUGGUAUCCUAUGGGCAUACAUCAUAUUCAAUAUCUUCGGCGCUCUGUUCGUAUACUGGCUCGCGCGUGUGCCCAAGGCCCAGAAGAACAAGAAAGCUAAGAAGGAGUAAAGUAGAGAUGAAGGAAACGUAGGAAAUGUGGAUGAGUAGAUAUAGAUGUCACGCUAUACGGAUUUUCUUUUCUAACUAGGUUGAGACUCAUGUCUUGGUAGACAGAUCUCCUUUUUUUCCUUCUAUCACACUUUAAAUUUGCAUCACACG